GUUUCCCCCUGACGUAAUUCGACGUUCCCUGUCAGAAUCCAGGAAGUGAGUCGCUCGCUGUUGUUUGUGUUCGCUGGUCGCCAAUCGUCUCUUGUUUUUUUUGAGUCAGACUCCGCUCUUUACAGGCCGAAAUGGCGACGUUUAUUUCAGUCCCGUUGAAAAAGUCAUCUGAGGUGGAUCUGGUGAAGCCGCUGUCGAAAUUUGUCACAACUACAUACCCGACGGGAGAGGAGCAGGGGGAGUAUCUCCGCGCCGUGGAAGAGCUCAACAAGCUUCGCAGGAACGCGCUGGGGAGGCCGCUGGACAAACACGAGAGCUCCCUGGAAAUCCUGCUCAGGUAUAAAGCACUUAGACUAAAUGUCACACCUGAUUGAGGCUUUAUUUGAUCUCCUGUGACUGCCUCCUCACCUGUGGCGGUACUUUAGCUCGGUCUCUGCCGCGCCCAGGUGAGUCUGAGCGGCUAGUGUGGGCCAAGCUAACAGGCUAACUGAGGCUUUCUCCCUCCAGUUAAACUGACUCAUGUUUCCCACAGGCCAACUUUCACAUUAAAUCACUCUGUCAGAUACUUUUAAAACGAGACAGGCCAUGUCAGCAGAGCUUAGUAUGUUCUAAAUGUGAGACAUUCGACUCAGACAUGAAUAUUUAUGAGUUUAUUUAUGUACCACCUUUCAAAAACAGAGGUCCAAAAGUAAGAAAAUGAGCUUAAAUGAUUUAAAAGUAACAGCAAUGAUAAAAGAGCAUUAGAAAUAAUGGAACACAGUUAAGGAGAGCAGCUGUACACAACAUACUGAGCUUAAAUAAAUCUGAAUAAUGAGAUUAAAGCUGCUGUUGAAGGUGUCAGCAGUCUUCAUUUGUAUUCAACCCACACAGACUCUGACUGUAUUAUGGAUUUAGUCCCAACAGCAGCAGCAGCUCCUCGUUUAGAUGUUUUCCACUCUCAGGCCUUCAGCCCAGUCCUGACCACAUGAUCGGACAUCCAGAACAGCUCUGACAGAUAACCCCAGCUUUGCAUUUGAGCAAACACGGAUCCGAAUGAUAAAACACAACAGCUGCGAGUGUCUGAGAAUCCAAAACCAGCUCACAGAGGAGGCACAUGAUUGUUGUCUUUUUGGAUUUGAUGUUUCUGAUAGCUGCAUCAUCUAUGUAAAACAAAAGGACAACUCCUGAUGCAACACAAAGUGUCACAUGCUCACAGUUUUGCAUGGAGGAACUGUGACACAAAAUAGGAUUUAUGUCUGUGUAAGACGAAGUUCCUCUGUGUCUCAUGCUCCAAUUACCCUGCCUGACUUCUCGCUCCUGCCAAAUAUGCAGAAGUUUAAUCUGUAAAUUACUAAAGGCUCGUCGUGCUCAGUAUAUUGUAUCAAACUUUACUAAUCUGGUUGUUUUUAAGUAUAUAUUAGUCUUAUGGUUUAAGAGCACGCCCUGUGUACAGAAGUCACAGUCCUUGUUGCAACCGUCUUUGUUCAGCUGUCUUAUCUAAUAAAGACAAAAACACCCGGGAAAAAAAAAAGCUUGACCCACAUGCUCCUUGCCUAUGAAUGCAAACUUUGCCCUCUCUGUCUUUAUGGUCCAUGACUCAGAAGUUACUUAAUGUGUGGGGUUUGCCCAGUUUAGGUGUGAAGCCAGGUGUUAACUGAGAGAGAGCCGGUCUUCUGUUUCCCUGCACUUUGGACGUCUUUCCAGUUCUCUGUACUUUUCCCUGUCAGUACAGUCUCUAAACUCAUGUUACCAACACAAAACGAACCCAAAGAAGAUACUGCAGAAUCAAAGAAACCUAAUAUUGGUGUCAGAAUUGUAACUGUGGGACAAACUUCAGGGGGUGAAAUUGAAUGAUUCUAAUAUUGUCAACUCUUUAUCCAUUCAAGGAUAUGACUAAGCAUUUCUUACUUCAGAAGUCAUGAUUGUACCAACGAAUCAAGAUUUAGAAACAGUUUGUCUGUAAGAUGAAGGUUCUGUGGGUUAUUAUAGUGGAUUUAAUUAUCAUCAUGGUGAGAGUUAGCGGCACUGUGCAGAAUGGGCUGCUAGUUUUGUCGUCUCCUGGCUCUGCACAUGUUGUCUGUUAGCCAGGUAGCCAAGGCGACAGGCCCUUUCCUUUACAAAGCCGCACAGACACACAACUCUUGUGUCGCCAUGGCAAUCAUUGUUUAGUCCAGCAUGUUUUUGUGUUUCCUUUUAGUUAUUCAGACGGAGGGACACUUCAUCUCGGCUCUCCUCCGUGCACGUGUUAGAGUGGAGAACAGGAGGGAAGCCCAGAAUGCAGAUACUUUCGUAUAAAUAGACAGUCUUUGUUUACUUUGACGUUACUCUCUUGUUAUUUUCCUGGCACUGGUUAAGCUAGGCGGUUAUGCUGGUAACAGGAGAUUCCCUAACUGGCCUGCAUGUUGUCAUUCCUGAUAAAAGACGGUUCACUUCACAGACACACAGAUACUGAAGGAGUAGCUGCUGAAGAAAUGUGUGUGUUUGUGCCGACUUUUGUGUUUGUUCAGCCUCUUCUUCCUCCUGACUCAGUGUCAAAUGUUACUGAAGAGCUUCAUAAUCACAACCUGCAUCUUAAUCAUGAUGUUUAAUUGUGACAAAGACUGAAGACGUAAACUAACUCUGAGCUAGUAUUUUUAAAACUUUACAUGAUUUCUUUACAAACGGAUGAAGACGAAUCAUGAAUUACAGAAUAACUACAUUUAUAUAGUUUUUUCAAGUCCUAAAUUCUGACACGUUUAACUGUAAAUAGUGAAAAAAAAAUUAGUUUCUUGUAGAGAAAGUGAGCAUAAAAUGACAUUAUAGGAGUAUAAAUGAAGGUGCUCACCUGAAAGCAAAGACACUGGACUAAAGGGUUUUCUUCAGGACAAAGUGGCUACACACAGACCAACAGCUUUUGUUGCCUUCCUGUUUGCAGAAUCAUUAACAUGUGUAUAAAAAGAACAGGAACUUGAUGUAGGAAUAUUGACAGCUGAUAAUGUGUGGUACGGCCUAUUCCAGGAAUAGAGACAAAAAGCUGACUUAUACACAACAAACAGUCGGGUUAUUUUAGGAGUGUGAAGAAGACACAUGAAGCAACUUUUUCAUUUCUUUCUCCUUCCAGAUACUACGACCAGCUGUGUGCCGUGGAGCCCAAGUUUCCUUUCUCUGAAAACCAGGUAACAGAUUGAACAUCACACAUGACUGAGCUUUAAAAUGUAGUCCCUGAGCACCAAUACCUGAACACAAAGUGUCUCUGUGUUCCCACAGCUCUGCCUAACCUUCACAUGGAAGGAUGCUUUUGACAAAGGAUCCCUGUUCGGUGGCUCAGUCAAGCUUGGUGAGUGCAAACUUGUAUCUAUUUUCCAAUUUUAUCUGUGAAAGAAGUGAUGUGUAAACAGAAAAGGAGGAAAUAAUAUUUCAGAGUAUUUACGGUAAAAAAAAAGUAUGACUUUGCCUUUAAGAUAAAUGUUUGUCAUUCUACCCGUAAACUCAUCUGUCCUUUUGUGUGACUGUUCGAGUCUCUCAUACAAGAAGCAGUGCAGCUUUCUAGCUCUGAACAGAUCCCUGUUGCACUCCAGGAACAGGUUUGACAAGGUGUUAUGUCACGUUUGGGAAAAAGAGAGAGACAAAGACACCGGUAUGUGCGUUGAAACCAGAGUGUGAGUCAGGGACGGAGAAAAAAAAACAUUUACAACCACAAAUGAAAUAGAAGGAUGAAAGAGCAAAUACUCUUUCAAUAAUUUGUUGAGGUCAGUGUUCAUAGUCACUGCUACUUAGGGUUGAAUUGUUAAUUCUCUGUAGAGCUCAUAACUCGGAUUUUUUUCCCAGUAAUCUCCGGGUGAGAAAUAAGCCAGUAGACAGACUUGUGUUAGUUUGAUUAAAAGCUAAACCCACAAAAAAAACAGGUUGUCAUUUAGUCUGCCUGGCAGUUUAACCAGUUUGAAAGUGUCUUAUUCAGCAUGUGAGCCGUCCCUUAAAAAAAACCCAGAAUACCUCCAUGAUUCAGACCAACCAAACCGACACUAAAAACAACAAAUAUGUAAUUCUGAUGUUUUUUUGUUUGUUUGUUUUUGUGUUUUGCAGCUUUGGCCAGUUUGGGCUACGAGAAAACAUGUGUGUUGUUUAACGCAGCAGCUCUGGCCAGUCAGAUCGCUUCUGAGCAAAACCUAGACAACGACGAAGGACUGAAGGCUGCAGCUAAAUACUAUCAGGUGAUCCAACUUUCACACAAUCAUUAGAAUUAUUUGUGGAAAACAAGCAGAAAUUAACAAUAUGAAAUCACUACUAAGAUGAAGCUUAAGCAGUCUGUUUGUAUCCCCGCUGAUGCUUUUUGUAGUUUUUUUUUUACUCUUGCAGAAAUAUAAGAAUCUUUAUUGUUAAUAAGCUGCAAAUUUAUCCAGAAGAACUUGAACCCCUCAUCAGUGGCUCUCACUUUAUACAUUAUUGUUUCUUACUUUCUUUACUUUUCUCACUUUCUUCAGCUGGCAAGCGGGGCGUUCGGCCACAUCAAGGACACAGUGCUGUCAGCGCUGAAUAGGGAGCCCACCAUGGACAUCUCCCCUGAGACUGUGGGCACCCUGAGCCUCAUCAUGCUGGCCCAGGCCCAGGAGGUCUUCUUCCUCAAAGCCACUUCAGGUGCCAAAGGAUGUACACUUUACCCUCUAGUCAGGAUUGGACUCAUCCUUGUAGGGUCUCAGUCUGAGAUGUCUCCAAUUAUGCAUUUAUCUUGUUAUUAUACAGUGUGAUUGAAGUGAAACUAAAGUGCAUAAACAGGAAACUGCCUGUUCUUUAACUAAGUGCCUAAAAGUCUAUAAUCUGCCCGCAGCUAAAAAUAAAAGAUGAAAAUUAGUUUCAUUGAGUACAAUAACAUUGUUGAAGUAUGAGAGGUGGCCUCCUACUGGACCAUGACGGUACUGCAGCUGGAGUGAGAAUUUGCACUUUAAAUACUUAAAUAGUUUUGUGAGUAUGGAUGGAUAACCUUAGACCCACCUUCACUUGGGUUCUGGUUUAUUAGAUAAACAGUAACUUGGAAAUACUUCAUGUGCUGAAAAGAAUUGUGAGUAACUUCGACAUGAGGCAGGGAUUAUUUCCAGAUUUUAAGUUAAGAUGCUGCAUCCUUAAGUUUGAGAAUGGCUGACCCCAUGAAAAAACACCUUUUUAUGACACGUCUUCUUUUUUUAAACCUUAAGAUUAAUUUGUUGCAAACAUACAUUUGGCAGGUUUGAUCCCAGUGCACGCAGCCUACGUCCCAGUUCUGUCUGGAGUUACUUAUUAGAGUUAGUGAGCGCAACGGUUUUGAAGGUUACGUCAUAUAAAAAGACCCACAUUUUGUGCUGAGAGAAUGAGUUAUUGUUUUAGUUCAGUUUUUAUACUUUUAGGGAUCGUAUCAAAGUAAAAAGUGGAGAAUAAGUCAGUGAAAGGACGAGCAUGUUUGAAGAAUCAGAUCAGGUGGUGGUAUGUGUUUACAAAAGCGCAUCUCAUUUGGGUUGCUCUUUGUUUAAAGUGUUUCAUUUUUUUGUACAGAUAAGAUGAAAGAUGCCGUCAUCGCGAAACUGGCCAAUCAGGCUGCAGAUUUCUACGGAGAUGCCUUCAAGCAGUGCCAAUACAAAGACAACCUCCCCAAGGUAUGUGAGAGUCACAGGCGCACUGAUACACUGCUUGACUGUAGAGAUACACACACACAUGUACCCGCACACAGAGUCUGCCAUGUUUUCACUGUGGCAUAGAUUCAUACAGAAUUCUGAUCCUGUAUGGAGCAGCGUGUGUUUUGUCUGUCCGAUUGUGUCUUUUGAUCUGUGCGUGUGUAUUUAUUCUGGAAACUUUCAGGGUGAAAUUCAGGUGUUGGGACUGUUCAAAUUGCUACCUGUCUCUGUUCUCAUUGGUCCAUUUCCAUCCUGUUUCACUCUGAUUGGUUGAUUACUACUGAAGCUGUGGUUUGAUUUGUUUUCAGUCUGAUUGGUUUCUCACCAUCUAAUCAAUGAUGUCUGAAGUACUCACUAACACUGUAACACACACACACAAAUUCAGACUGCCAUGAAUUAAAGCUUCAGAUUAAAUAUUUUAAUAAGUUCUUGAAUAAGUUUAAUUAUUAAAAAAGAAAAUAACAAAAGAACCCAGUGACAUUAACACAGUGUAAAUUUCCCUGUUGAAGGUCUAUGAAAGGAAUAUCUUAUGUCGCCAUAGUACCAGGCCUAAGUAAAUAUACUUUAGGGUCAUUAGAUUGACUGAUUGAUUGAUUGAUAACACACUAUGAGACUCAAGUCUGCACAGAAAUAUAUAUAUUACCUGAGCAGUAAUACACUUUGAUGAUAGCUCUUAAAGUAGAUAGCGAGGACAGAGAUGGUAAAAGUUGAAAAACAGUGUGUGAGCUGAUACCCCAGGCAUCCCCACCUAUGUCAGCGCUCCAGUUGUGUCCAAAAGUCUAGACACGUCGCCAUUUCUUUACUGACUCUGAGAGGAUGGGAGGGAACUUAGCUGAUCUUCAGUUUCUGUUUGACAAAGGCGGUAAAAAAGCGACUCCUGUAUGAGUAGGGGGGAGUAAAAGAUCAGCUGGAACAACGCUUACACGCAUACAGUUUGAUGUUUAAAGAAAACUUUUACCAAACUUAGAGAGAGAGAGAGAUUUCUGCUGCUGGGGCUGGCUUAUUAAAAUAGAAAUGAAAAUUAAUGUAGAAAACGUGACAAAGUCAAACAUCAAUUCUCUGUCAUUGAUGAAAAAUUUAGAACAUGGCAACAACAAAAAAACAUGCAGUGAAAUGUUCACACAGCUCCACAGCUCUGUAUGUCUGCAGACACAGGUAAAUUUGUCUAUUAACAGAGGUUGGCAGUGAUGCACUCCCCUUUUGUAUGAUCGUAUAAAUGAUUAAAUGAAUUACCCCAAAAUGAAGUUAGGGUUUAAGUCACCAGGCAUGUGCAGCCGUCAGAGUUCGUUCCCCAGUGGUUGUUUCCUGGUUGAUUUCCUGACACAUUGUGCUUUAUUGUCUGGUUUUAAACUAAAGCUUGUGAAGGAAAUUAAAAAAAAAAAAAUCAGGGUAUUAGAGUAAUUUGAAGAAUUGUUUCAGCCCUGCAAGAAGUCAUGACAAAAAUAAUGUCAGACAGAAUUAAUAAUAGACGAGAUGAAUCAAUAAUUAAAUGACAAGAAAGUACGUAUUUGUAAUAUUUUGUACUUUUUUGAGUGUUUUCUUAAGAUUUCAAUGUCCACUCUGCAUCACAUUGUUUUAAGUUGGAGAAGAUUAGCAGGAUUAAACACGCUUCUUAAACUCUGUUUUUUUUAAUCUGUUAGACAAGAGUCCUCCUAAACUCCUCAUUAGUCUUUCUUACCUUUUAUGUCAUACACCUCUACUUAUCAUGAAACAAACAUGAAGAGAGAAAAAUACAAACUAAGGUCAUUCAAAACUAAACACUUGUCAGUUUUGAAGGCUGUCUCUAAUUUCCCUUCUUUCCUGUUUAGGAAAGAUUCAAGUCUUUAUUUUUUAAUUUACCCGAAAAUAUCAUUUUACUACCUAAUUUUUUUGAAACAGUCACAUUAAAGCUUGUGUGUCACUGAAGGAUAUUUCACUGCGUCAGUACCUUUAAUUAAUGUUUCCUAGCAACCAAAUUGAUAUAUUUCUAACGUAAUGCCAGAGUCCAAUUUACUGAAUCAACAGUUUGAAGUUUGAUGGUAGUUACUAAUAUUUUCAGCGUAAGAAAAUCUGAUGUAGUUUUAUGAAUGGAUGUGGAAAUAUGUGAAAUCAAACAGGUCACACACACACACACACACACACACACACACACACACACACACACUCACACACUCUGACACACACUCUCAGAGGUUCGUUUGAUGAAGGUGUUGCAGCUUUUGCAGAAAGGUUAAACACUCAUGGCCUGUUCUGUUUUCUCUCUCGUUGUCUUCCUCUCUUCCUGCAUCCCUCGUGGUGGUGGUGGUGGUGGUGCUGGCAUUGGCAUUGGUUGUGUGUGCGCUUGUGUUCUUGCACACCUCUGAUCGCUUGUGCUUGUUUGUGAUUGGCUCCCUUGAUGUCAUUUGUGAUUUGUGACCUCGCUGCUGUGCGUCUGUCAUUUUGCCGUUCGCCCCUGCCAUCGUGUGUGUGUGUGUACGUGCGUGUGCGUGUACAUAUGUGUUUGUGUGUGCCUGCGUGUCGCUCUGUGGUUGCCUCUCCCUGGUCAGUAUUUUUAUUUUCAGGAAGUGCUGCCGGUGCUGGCGGCCAAGCAUUGCAUCAUGCAGGCCAACGCUGAGCUGCACCAGAGCGUCCUGGCCAAGCAGAAGAAGCGCUUUGGGGAGGAGAUUGCUCGCCUGCAGGUACAGAGACUUCAUGAGACUUAAACCUGUCUGACUUUUCUUAAUUCGAUUAGCUACUGUGCUCUGCAAAAUCUCCUUUAAAACCACAAACCUCUCAAUGAACCAAAUGUUUUUCCUUUUCUCUCCGCCGAUGUUUUUUUUUCUCCAGCAUGCAGCAGAGUUGGUGAAGACGGUUGCAACCCGCUAUGACGAAUAUGUGAGCGUGAAGGACCUCAGUGACAAGAUCAACCGAGCCCUUACAGCCGCCAAAAAAGACAAUGACUUUAUCUACCAUGACCGUGUACCUGAGGUCAAGGACCUGGAGCAUAUCGGCAAGGCAGCACUGGUCAAAGCCACGGCCAUCACACCUCCACUCAGCCAGAAAUUCACAGGUUAGAUACACAGACAUGAGACGCAUCAUAGAAACACAUAAAACAAAGUAUAUGUGACUAAAUAUAAAUCCUAAACCCUGGAAUAUCAGGCGGGUCCUUCAUUUGCUUUUAGCUGCUGAAGGUUUUAGGCCUGUAUACAAAGCAGACUUGAAUUAAAGACAGACCUUGAUCUCAAAUCCUCUCUGUCUGAGGAAUAUAACCGUCCGUAUUUCAGUACAGUGAUUCACAAAGGGAUUGCACGCCCUCUGAACCUGAGCAACUGAGCCAAAAAGAAAUUUCCUCUUCCACAAAGAACACGCAAAGGGUUAAAUACUCCACAAGCUGCACAGCUCUGUGCACUAGUGCUGUUUGCAUGUGCUUAAAUAAUUCAUCAUGCAUUCAUUUGCUACAAAACACACCUCUGUCUCUCUUAAUAAGCCCCUCUGCAAGAACCUUCAGAUUCACGAACACCUUUACUGAAACCACAAAGAGAGUUAAACACCACAGCGAAUGAAGAGAUCCAGCAUAAAUUGGCGUUUUUUUUCACAUUAGACUAAAUAGAUUUACCAAGUGAAUUAGGGAGCUUUGGUGCUGCUGGAGGGCAGGUUUUGAAAGCCUAUACAGAGUUAAAGGAGCACUUUCCUUCAGCUGUAGACUGGACGCGAGGCUGAGCUGCAUGAGGACUUCAUCAGAAAGGUGAAAGGUCAUCAGCAAACAGAAAUGUUUCGAUAUCAUCAGAUCCAAAAUACUAACUUGCCGUUACCAUUAUACAGUUUAUAAGACUGUUUGUAAAAUGUCCCACCCCUCUCUAUUUCAGCUUCCAACCCUCUCCCUUUUACUCUCUUUAUCCAAGAACAAGACCUCAUGACCCAGCUGCGUGGAUUUUUAAUCGGUCCCCUCUUUCUUUCAGACUUGUUUGAGAAGAUGGUCCCCAUGGCCGUGCAGCAGUCCAUGAGCAUUUACAACUCGAGGAAAUCUGAGACUGUGAACAGACUGGUCGGAACCAUGAGGGAGGCAACCAAUCUCUGCAACGGGUAUGCUCUUCUCUCUACCACCCCCUGCUGUGUAAAGCUAACUCUGUCUUCCCGUGAACACGUGUGUGUGAGUGCUCUCGAGUCCAUGCCUGGAUGGCUGAUAAAAAAUUCAUGACAUAAUAGCGUUUCAGGUACUAUUAAAAUGCUGAUAAAGGCACUUGUGUUUUGUGUGUGGUGCCUGAUAGCUGUCAAGAGUCUGUGUCACACCAUCUGGGGAUGUUAAUAGGUGCUUCAAAGCUGGAGCGUUUUGCCCUUUAGUGAAGAGUGCAGAGUGCUCCAAACUGGAAUGAUCGCACAACUUUUUCUCUAUUAAAAUCAAGGAUUGUGGAGUAAGAUUUAUCAAGUUGUUCACUUGACUAACCCCGACUCCAUCUGUCCAUCAGGGUUUUGGCUUCCCUGAACCUGCCAGCAGCCCUGGAGGAUCUGUCAGGAGACUCAAUCCCGCAAUCCAUUGCUGAGAAGGCGCGGUCCAUUGUGCAGCAGGGAGGACUGCAGAGUAUCGAGCAGCUUAUCAAAGACCUGCCAGAGCUUCUGACCCGCAACAGGGAGAUCCUGGAUGAGGUCAGAGUCUCAGACGUGUACACUGACUCAGAGUUUAGGCCUUCGAACAAUCAGAAUAACGUGAUUGACAGUACUCAUAUUAUCAUUAUUACACCAUUAUUGAGGUUCAGAAUUUGUGUCCUGCCUGUAGAAAACUCAGCGUGGCUGCUGAUUAAAGAACAGAGUCACAAAAAGGAACAUUACCUGAUUUAAUUUACACCAGGGGUCUCAAACUCUUGGCCUAUCACCUCUCUCCAUGAUGCCUGGGAUGUUUUUUCAGUGUGAUCAUUUCUUUCUAGUUGUUUCCCGUUAAACUACCCCAUCAUGUCAAAUUACACUCAGACAAGUUCUCGGAAACUUUAGGAGCAGGAUGCUGGACUUUGAAGCUUGUGCUGCUUGCCGCUAAGAUUUCUCUAUCCAAGUAAAAAGAGGACAUUGAUGGAGAAAGCAGACAGUUUCAACAUGGAGAUUCUUGCAGGGUUUUUUUUGUGGAGUUUGGUGGAAACAUCUCCUCCUGAUGUGCAAAGGACCAUUCUGUAUUUAUGGGGCUUGACUUGUAAAGUGGCCCUUCUUUAAGAAGCCAGUAGCAAUGAUGGCCUUGUGCCAGUCGUGUUUGAGACCUCCGAUUGACAUUAUAUCAUGUUCUCUAUGUUCAUUCUGGUGUUAAUAUUCAUGACAACAGUCUACUCAAUGUAAUAACACCUCUCACACUCCACCUGUUAGCGUAUGCUUUGCUGACAGUAUUCUUCAGUUCGUGUGUCAGUAAGAUUCACACAUGAUUCUGAUAUGACAAGAAGAUGAUCUGUGUUGAGGGCAGUCGCUUUAGAGCAGAGGGAGAGGGCUAACAAACUAAAGCGACUGCAUGGUUAAUGUAGGAGAACAAGGUCCCCAAAAUGCACAUAACUCUGAUCAAAAUAAUCAUGGUGGUCAUUUUGGCUGUAAUCAUGCAGCCGUACACUGAGUGACACAUAUGUGACUUCUCUGUUAUGGAUCUUAUAGCCGGUGUAGUGAACUCAUGUUGAAGCCAUGAGUCUGUCAUAGAAGUAAGAGGCACUCUCUUUCAGUAGCUUGUCCCUCAUAUGGCUCCUCUUUCUUGACAAAGAAGCAUAUGAACGUGAUGCUGUUCAGCAGCUUGUCCUGAAAUUUUGGAAACCACCUCAAUUCCCAGGGAAACACACGAGUAUUAAAAACCCCCUAAUCAUCCCUCAUGGCUGAAAUCCCAAAUCAGGAUCUUCACUGAAAAAACUAAUCCACUGAUCUUUGGGCCAAGGACUAUCUGUCCACCAGCUCCAGCCAGCCUGCUUUUUUUACACAUCUCACUCACAAACAAAUAAUCAGACGGCUGUAGAAGCAUAAAACACGAGGCUGCUUCCAAAUUCAUUGGCAGAGUCGAAAAGAACAAACCAAAAUGUUCUGAUUCCCCCCUCCCCGAGAAAAAAAAAAAAAGUGUUUGUGUUUUUUACAGCCAAAGUAACUUAACUGAACAUGAGAAUUAAAGAGUGGAAAAGUACAUUUCAGCCGGCCAAAAGCAGACUUCAAAUUAUUGAGCAGCAUUUCAUUAUUUUCCAUGACUUUUCCUUCUUUUCUUACACCGAGAAAGGGAAUUUAAGGAAACAAAGAGGUGAUUUAAAGAAAAGAGGGAAGAUUGUUUUACGUAAUUUUUAAAUAAUUGUCAUUCAUCAAGAAAAAAAGCAAACAUAACAGCUUGAGGUUUGAGAAUUAGCAGCUCAAGACAUGAUUUUGUUGUUGUUUUUGCUGUUUUCAGGCAAAUUAGACAUGAAUGGAUUAAUUGAUUAUGAAGUAGAAUCAGAAAUUAGUGGAAAUGACACUUUUAGCCCCACAUGAAAGGCUUUUCUACGUUUCUGAGUAAAAAGUCAAUCACUGAUGAAGCGGCAGUCGUCAGUGGAUCUAAUGUGUGUGUAUGUGCUGGUUUAGUCUCUGAAGAUGCUGGAUGAUGAAGAGGCGACAGACAACGAGCUGAGGAGCAAGUUUAACCAGCGCUGGAACCGAACCCCCUCUGGAGACCUUUACAAGCCUCUUCGUGCAGGUACACACACACACACACAGAAAAUGUUGCCUUGCCUCCUCCAUCUUUACCUCCUUUUCUUACUCCCUUUUCUUUCUCAGAGGGAGCAAACUUCCGCAACGUUCUGGACAAGGCCGUACAGGCCGACCAGGUGGUGAAGGACCGCUACAACACCCACUGUGAGAUGAUCGCGCUGCUGUGUAAACCAGAGAACGAGCUCAAUGCCGCCAUCCCCUCUGCAAACCCCACCAAGACUCUGCAGGGCAGCGAGGUCUGCACCACCUCCUCUUAUAUCUUUUGAAGGCACAGAUGAUGUAAACGUAUAUUUGAAUACUUGCGGGCUAGUUCUGCUUGAGGUAUUUAGCGCUGUCCAAUUUUGUUAAGUGUGCUGAAUAACCACCGACUGAAACCCCAGUGGACGCUGUGCUUUAUGGCCCUGUCCCUCCUUCCUGCAGAGGCUCCAUUUUUCAUUGUGUUUGCUGACUGUGCAUUGUGUGUCACAGGGGAUCACAAGUAACAAAGAAAGCAGAACUAAAACAGAGAGGAAGGAGUGCAUGUCUUCUCACAGUGUGCAUAUAGUCAUGCUUAAAUGCGAUAAAAGGGCGAAAGGUCAGAUAUCCCUGUUGGACAGAGAACUGAAAGGGUUAGAGAUUUGUUUGAGUUUUAAAAACCACAAACUUGCGCUGACCCGUCUGUUUGCUGACAGGUCGUGAACGUGCUGCGCGCUCAGCUCGCUCAGCUGGACGAGAUAAAGAAAGAGAGGGAGACCAUUGAGGGGGAGAUCAAGGCCGUGACCUUUGACAUGUCCACCACUUUCCUGACGGCGCUGGCUAAAGACGGAGCCAUCAACGAGGAGCAGCUGUCUCUACCCCAGCUCGACCAAAUGUACGGCAGCUACAACCAGAGGGUGCAGACCAGCCUCCGCUCACAGGAGGAGCUGCUGGGACAAGUUCAGGUGAACACUCAGAGUUCAAGACAAAAGCAGCAAAUCACCACCACAUGAACAAACUCAGUGAGAGCCUACUGUAGUUUUUAUAGCAGGGUUCCUGUUCAAACAGCAGUCAUAUCACAACGUUGGAGAUAAAGACUGAUUGAUAGAUUUAUAAGGAGGUAUAAGAGAUGCAUUAAUGACAGAAAUGAGAAGGAAAUGGCGUAAAAUAAAAAGAUUUAAACCCUCAAAAGAUAAAAAAGGAUUAAAACGAUGUUAGAAGAAUAAAAACCAACAAACAGUAAGAGUGAAAAAGACAAAAAAUACAAGAUCCUGCCUUUAACAUUCACCCAGAUUAAAAAAAAAAGAGAGAUUUCAAGCUCCUGUGGGAAGUUUGUCUUUAUGUAUAAAAUUCAUUAAUCUCAUAUUGAGGCCUUUUGACGACAAACCGAAGCAAACCAGACCAUCAGCGAUUAGAAUGAUGAUAAAUCUGCUAAUUUUUAAUGCCUGGAACCAGUGUGGAGGAGGAGGCGUCGGCCAUCCAGCUGUAGAAACAGUCCUGUUUUUUUUUUUUUUCAGUUUCCUCAGAGAAGAGAAUCUAAUUUGUCCACGAAAUUGACACAAACAAAAAGUUCCUUCCAGGAGCUUUAAAAGACGAUAAAGAGGUCAACUCCAGCAUUCCCAUAAAGUUCAAGAGCUCCCCUUUAAUAUGACGCUGAAGCAUCCUGCGCAUGAAGUCAUGGUUACAGUGACGCUCUCACACACAAAUUCUUCUUUCCCUUUCCUAAAAGUUUCAGAGGACAUCACCCACUUCCACGUGCUCUGUUUUUUUUAGGACUUUGCCGUGUGUUUGAACUUCAUUUGUCGGGGGUCUUAAGGGCUUGAGAAAUCAAAGAUUCUAUUUCUGGAAAAGGUCAUUAGGAGUACUUUCCUCUCAGGAGCCAGUGAAGCGUCACCCAUACCAAACAAAAACCCUUAACUUUGAAAGUAUUUGAGGGAGCCUUCCCUCAUGGAGGAUUAAAACUCUGUUUACCGGGGUUCUAAAAACCCUGUGAUCUUUCUCUUUUCUCUUCAACCUGUGAUCUCUCUCUCUUUCUCUGUGUCCAGACGGCCCACCAGGAGUUCAGCAGUCUGAAACAGUCCAACACGGAGGCCAAUCAGAGGGAGGAGGUCCUGAAGAAGCUGGCCUCGGCUCAUGACAGCUACGUUGAGAUCAGCAGCAACCUGCGCGAAGGCACCAAGGUACUCGCUCAGCACAACACGCCGGCACACACCUGCCGCUUUAAUGCAUGUCGCGUCGGAAACUUUCCAUUUUACUCGUGUUGUUCUUUUGUGCCUUAAUGUGGUUCACACACUGGGUGGUUUAUUUUUGUCCCUUUUUUCCUCUCCCCUCCUUAGUUUUACAACGACUUGACAGAAAUCCUGCUGAAGUUCCAGAAUAAGUGCAGCGACAUUGUUUUCGCUCGCAAGACGGAACGGGAUGAGCUGCUUAAGUAAGUACUCUCCAGGCUUUAGUCUCUUUGGCUUUAGGACAGUCAUAUGAAGUGAUCUGGACCGCAGAAGGGAUUUUCUUUAAGACAUGUUAGUGGAUCAUAGUUUGAUAACAGAUUUUCAGUGGUGGGGGCCAGAAAACCCUUAAUGAAGACUGUAGCAGCCCAUAAAAACAUUCAGGCAAGAGCAGGAUUUCUGCGGCUGUCUUAAAGGCAGAUUUAAUGUUGAGUGGAGCUUAAGGCGCUGAAGUGCUGAUAAAUAUUCCAUCCUCUACAUGUAACACAUUGUGACGUGACGUAAAGAGUCAAAAAAUCAAACUUUAAAACAGAAAAGUUCAACUUUUUUUAACAAUAAAUAUUUACAUUGUAUUUCAGAGAGCUACAGCAGAGCAUCGCCCGAGAGCCCAGCGCUCCAUCCUUCAAUGUCCCCGCCUAUCAGAGCACCCCAGCUGCCCCUGGAGCCGCCACCACCCCUGCUGGCCCAACUCCUGCACCCAGGACCGUCUUUGUAAGCCUCCACACACACACACCCACUGCAGGUCACCACAGAAGAAGAAUCGAAGCGGAUGUAUUAAUCUGUCUCUUCUCCCCAGAACCCUCAAGUCCCACAGCAGCCCCAAGCCAAGCCCAACCCCCCUGCCAGGCCUCCUCCACCCACCUUCAACCCUCAGGCAGCCGCCACCACCCCCGUUCCCACCGGCGCACCACCCACCGGCCCUCCGGGUGGAAACCCACCACCUGUGGCCCCACCAACGCAGGCGCAGGGACCACCUUACCCCACCUACCAGGGCUACCCAGGGUGAGUCACAACAGUCUGAUUUCUGAGCACAGAGCGACUCACAUGACUCAGCACGGUGACUUCAUCACAGAUUAAAUUUCAGGCCGUCUUCUUCCUUGGAAAUCUUUGUCCUGCUCUGGUUUUCAGAGCUCGUCUUUCAUCACGAGUUAAAUCAAUUAACCCAUCAAGAGUUGUUUUGUCUGUUCCAGGGAGUAAGUUCGAUCCCACUCUCAUGUCUGUCUGGGGAUUAUGCAGCUGUGGGAAACAGCCUAUUCACUUAGCGUUUCAUGUUAUUCAAAUUAGUCAGAAAAUGAUCACCUGUGAGGGUUUUUCACUUUGUAUCUGUAGAAAGAGCAAAGUUAGAGUUUCCUCCAAUUUUUGAGUCUUUGUGCUUGAAUAAAAGCCAGACUGUAGUUAGAGGAGUCUCAGGGUUUCACUCCAAACAUUGACAGACGGUGAGCGAGGCUUUGUUUAAUAGUGAAGAUUAGAUUUAGCAGGGACCAUGAUUGUAUUCACGUCUUUAAUACAAAUUUAAAAUGACUCCACCCAUGAGCUUUCAGUGUGCCCUAAAUUCUGACCCUCCCCCUGCAGAUACUACCAGAUGCCUAUGGGCUACAACCCCUACGCUGCCUAUGGCCAGUACAACAUGCCCUACAUGCCCUACCAGGCCACCCCAGGACAGGCAGGAUACCCAGGAGCCCCUCCUGCAGGACAGCCGUACCCUGGUUACCCCCAACAGCCCCCACAGCAGCAGCCCUUCUACCCUCAGCAAUAACUCCCCUCUUCAUCCCCCCCAUCCCUCCUCUCACCAGUUAACACCAAAUAAAUUAAAAAAAAACACCCCCAGCAAUAACACUUCACCUCCGCCAGCCCCCUCUCUUCCUCUUUGUCUUCUGUUUUCUCUCACUAACAGCAGCUUUGGAAACCUGAGCGAAAGGUGUCAUCAGAGCUGUUUUGCACUUCUCUCUGAUUCCCAUUAUUCCUCUCUCCUCCUCUUUCUUCUCCUCCUCAUCUUUUCCGUGCUCUGACGGCACUUUUCAGAAACUCUCUCAACUCUCACAGAUGCACUAAGCCCUCCUUUUUCUGUUGGGUUACUUUCUUUGUAGUCACUCAUCUCAGAAGGUUUCGUUGGUUUAAUUUCAAAACCUAACCACUUUCCAUUGAUAACUGACUCUUUGCGCUGCACUGCUGUCCCACACUCACGGAGGCGCACAGAAUCCUUGGAUGUUCCCUGAUUCGGGUGUAUGUGGCGGGUGGGCGUACAGGUGGUCGUUACAAGUCGAGGGCACAGCCACAUCCUCACUACCCACACCCACUCGAUCAACCCUACUGCUUCUACUAUAUUCCUAUUUUUGUAACGAAUACUGCUGCCUCGCUGAUGUAUAAACCUCUAAAAAUGAAUGGCCUGUAGGUUUUCUAAUGUAGAAGAAGACUGUUGAGAGUUUUGCUCUCUUUCUUUCUUUCUUUUGCUCUUUUUCUCUCUCAUCCAGGGAAUGUUGGUAUAUUUCUGCGUUACAAUCAGAGGCUGUAAAAGUGGGAGAAAUGGUUCUAUGAUAUAAAUAUAUGUAUAAAUAAGACUCUGUACGUGGUUAACCGAGACACUCUAUGUGCUACACUCUCAUGCUCUUUGUGUUAUUUUUAUUCUUCAGCUCUAAUGUGAUUAAAAAAAAAAACAACAACUGCCAAGCAGAACCUCUCUGUGAAGCUGCUGGACGUCUUUAUUGUGUCUUUGUGCGUUUCUGUCAAACUGUGGAGGUCUGUGCAGCAGCCAGAAGAGGGCAGUCCUGCAGCUCUCAGAGGGAGCGACUGCUGAGCAGCAGAUCACUUGCCAUUGUUGUCUUCCUCAGCCAAUCAGGAAUCGAGUUGUCCCAUCCGACUAAUCGGAUGCCUUUUGACCUCCGGAAGCAUCGGGGGCAGAUCCCAUUUAGACGACAUGCAAAUUACGUUCCAGCGAGGUCGUGAUCUCAUCCAAUCAUAUUUCCCCGCAGGUGAUUUCUCCAUAGACAGAUUUCAUCUGCAGAUAUUUAUUCAGUGUCAGGAGACGCUAAUGAUUUCACAUAUCUCCUCUCUGCAUGUAUGUGUGUGUGUAUUUAUGUGUGUGUGUGUGUGGCAGGGAGGCAGAUGGCAGCGCAGUGUGAUGUCUGGAAGGAUGCAUGGAGAUGUUGGCAGAGAGCUGCUGGUCCCCUGCCUGCAUCCAUCACUCCACCUCUCUCCAUUUUGCCUUCUCUUCUCUCCGUCUAAUCUGUCUUCUGGAGCUGCUAUCAGCUUUGAAAAACUCACCACAUUUCACUUCACUUUCCCCCAGCUCUUCCCCAUCCUUUGUUUUCCCUCCUAUCACGCUCUCUUCAUCAUAUUUUCCUUUGCUCCUAAGUUUUAUUUUUUUUUGUAAUGCCACCUGUCUUUUUAUAUCCUCAGCUGCUCUACCUUUUUUUUUUUUUCACCCUCCCCCUGGCUCUUCUGUUUUUGCUUACCAUUCAUCUGUCCUUGCCAUCCAAGCCGCAGAAUCUUUGGCAGCGGCUUGUCUUCACUGGUCAGUGUCUCUUGGCUCAUAAGCGUCUCAUAACAUCACGUCAGUCUCCUUUGAGUGUGUGUGUUUAAGAGUGAAACUCACAUGGAAGGGUGCACUCGUUUAAUCAGAUCUAACAGCUCACAUAUCCUUCUGGAAGUGACACAACAAGUACACACUGCCAUGUUUCCUUCCUUCGCUCCCUCUCCAUCUAUCUGACUGCAGAGUGCUGUUGCUGCCAAAACCAAUUGUAGCUCUGGAUGUGUUUAUCAAAGGUGUCUGUGCGUCUCAGGCGCUUAAUUUUAACAAGACGUUCUCCAUCGGAGGAGUGUCAUAUUUUAAUUGGUCCGAAACAGAAUAAAGGCAGCGAACAGAGCACAGCGGUGACAGGUAUUAAUUACCUUCUGCCUAAUGGCUCCCAAACUCAGCACUCAGCCAUAUUGGUGCUCGCACUAUUCUUACUCCCCCACUCAUUUCUCUCACCGCUCCUCU